AUGGGCACGAAAGAUGACGAAUACGACUAUCUUUUUAAAGGUAUGUAUAUUGUACGUCUUGUUUUUGCCUAUCGCUGGACAGAUGUUCCGAGAACUUUUCUGACACUUUUUGUCCUGUCCUAUGUUUCCACAGUUGUUCUCAUCGGCGACUCAGGUGUUGGCAAGUCAAAUCUUCUCUCUCGGUUUACAAGAAACGAGUUUAAUUUAGAGUCAAAGUCCACUAUCGGAGUAGAAUUUGCUACCAGAAGUAUACAAGUUGACGGAAAAACCAUCAAAGCCCAAAUAUGGGACACUGGUAAGAUGACAUGGGCAUUUUGUUUAUCAGUUGCUCGGUUAUUUGGGCUUGUAAAUUGCUCAAUCUUUUGAGCUGGUGUAAGCUUUCAACCAUGGAGGGGGAGUGUUAGUUCUUCUUCCCCCGGAAGCUAUGUGUUAACCGAGUUUUCUGACACUAGGAGAGCAUAAAACUUAAAUAGUUCAUGAAAGGGAACUCGUAAGACAGCAUUACUAUUAUGCCGUAAGUGUGUUAUAAAAAAUAAUGAUCAGGACUUAUCACACUCUUCGUUGAAUGCUAGAAAUUGGCUUCACGAGUGUUAAUAUUGAUCAUGCAGUAUUAACUUUCGCUUGUUUCACUUUUCACAGCGGGACAAGAAAGAUACAGAGCUAUAACAAGCGCGUAAGUUUUCCCGAAUAUCACGUAUUAAUUGUUAUUGUGUCUAGUCUGCCAUUGCGUCUUGUCACGAGCCUCAAAUUGCUAUUAUUGUACCAUUUUUUACUGUGCAUUUUAUACCGCCCUGUGUUAAUGAUACAGCUUACGAAUUUGUUAUAACAUGCAAAGUAUUCCAAAUACACAAUCCAUGAUGUACGCAUUUGUUGUAAUUUUGUACACAUGCAUGAAUGUUUCAACAUCUAUAACAGCAUAGGUGUCAAACCCCAAAUACUUGAACUUUAUACAGUACAUGGAUGGUGUAGAACUCGACAGCAGCAGGGGCCUUUAGCUACUAAAAUAUCUAUGUAUUGAAUAGAAAGCCUGCUUGACUUCACUAAAGCACAGGCUAAUGGUGUAAGCAACAUGGCUUUUUAAUUUUCUGAGUAAAAGUUUAAAAAAUUAUUAAACAACAGAGUGUUCAAAAGCUGGCCAAGACUUCUUGAUUUUCAGUAGGAAACCAUUUCUACUUACCAAAGAUCAAGUCAUUGAAAAAGCUGUUUGGUAUUUCUGUUUACAAGGUCUUAAUGGUAUUGUUGUAUCAUGGUGCCCCUUAACAACAGAAAUAAAAUGACUUUUGUGUUGCAUAUAUCAUUGCCAACACUAUAUGCCUAUUGUUAAAAGUUAAGUUUGUACUUGCACUAUGUGGAAUAUCUUUCAUAAAAUUACAACAAUCCUGAGCGAUUCAUCAUCCAUUUUGGUACCAUGCAAAGAAAUUACUGCUGGUCUCGGGAAACCUCUGUUUUCAUUGGAUAUUUUUCAUUGGGAAAUCUCUGUUUUCAUUGGAUAUUUUUCAUUUUGAUAGAUAUUACAGGGGAGCUGUUGGUGCCCUUUUGGUUUAUGACAUUGCAAAGCACUUGACAUAUGAAAAUGUGGAAAGAUGGCUGAAGGAACUCAGGGAUCAUGCUGAUAGCAACAUUGUGAUCAUGUUAGUGGGCAACAAGAGUGAUCUUCGGCAUCUGAGGGCUGUUCCCACAGAUGAGGCUAAAGCCUUUGCAGGUGUAGUAUUUUAUAAUUAUAACAGGGUUGCUUUUCAGUGGGAAAGGGAGAAUGCCAUAGAUUUACUGCAUUUUUAAAUUUUGGAUUUAAUAAUUUGUUUUACACAGUGAGACACAGAAGUUGAUUACUUAAUAGUAAUACAGUCGGGAAAUCUGAAGUUCGUAUGGGCCUUUGCUAUAUGCUGGGGUCUAUUUAAAUCCACUUGAUUGACAAAUCUUUCGUAUUUUAUUUUGUUGGUGUCUUUGGCUGUCUGAAGGGUAGACAUCUCGCCCUUUUCUUGUAACCUCCUUGAUGGUGUCUCUGUUUUAACUUUUUUUCCUGCAAGUCACUGUACUUUACACUGCAUACACUAUCAAAAUCUCAUGUGAAGCCCCUGAAAAAGAAUGGAAAAUUAAACCUCUAUUAAGUGGCCACUUAUGUUAAGCAGCCGCGGCCAUUGUCAUCACCUGUAUUAAGUGGGCAUCAGGCACUUGAUACACUUAGUUUGGCUUCAUGUUAACCCUUUAAGCCCCAAUAUCCACAUACAAAUUCUCCAAACUGAUCUCCAUACAUUUCCUUCAUGGAUGGGUUGAGAGAAAUUGAUAAAAGAUGAAAGCAUUGCCUCUUAGGUGAUCAUUUUGUUAAUUCUCAUAACCUAAUCUCUUGACAUUGUGUGGAUAUUGUUAGGAGAAAAUUGAUGUUGGUCACCACUGGGACUUAAAGGGUUAAGAAUAUGAUGAAGGAAAAUACAGUCCGAGAUAGAAAGUGGCAACCAAUUGUGGACCAGUAAUGCUUCUUCCGCUGCACAUUUGUUUCAAAAUAAAGUUAUGUUUAACUUCUACUAAACAUUAUGCUGAUUUACGAUGAACUUCUAUUGAGUGGCCAACCUCUAUUGAGCGGCCACUUGUUGAUACCCAAGGGUGGCCGCUUAAUGGAGCUGUUUCAACUGGAACUGUUUUCCUACUUACAAUUUCAGAAAAAAACGGUCUUUCAUUCAUUGAGACAUCAGCAUUGGACUCGACAAAUGUGGAGGUGGCAUUUCACAACAUCUUAACAGGUUAGCUUCCAGCUUCUUAAUGCAUACAAUGCACAUGUAUAAAAUUAUUGUUUUAUGACACUACCAAUUUUUUUAAUGGUCAAAAGUGGCCUUGAUGUACAUUGUACAACUAGUGCAGAAAGAGUUCUGGGCUUUAGAUCAUUUUUGAAAUACAUGUUUUUGUUUUCCUUAAAUAAGUUUCGAUCCUAAAGUAUCACCAGAAAUGAAUUACAUGCAGUACUGUCAUAAAUAUUAUUGCAAGUUUCAACCGUAAAUUGUCAUCUUUUUUGGUGAUUAUGUUACUGUAUGUGUACCAGUUGGCUUUUCAUGAUAUUAAAUUAUUUUUUAAAGUACAUGUAAAGAAAAACUCUGUCCAUAUCUACACGUAUUUCAUAUUUUAUUACUUAAAAAACAUUUUAAACUGUCAUUGAACCAUGCAUUCACAUUCCUAUAUUAUAAUCAUGUAUUAUAUAUAAUUAUUAAUAAUAACACUCUUUUGUUUGGCAGAAAUCUACCACAUUGUAUCCCAAAAGCAAAUUCAUGACUCACCUGGUUCAGAUGGAAACCAACCGAGUAGCAAUGUCCAGACUAUUCAUGUAGAACCCACAACAGAGGCUGAUCAUAAAAAGAAAGUUCAAUGUUGUAAUGCUUGA